AACUAAAAAUAGCAUAGAGGAAAGAAGCCUCAAUAGUAGGUCAUGAGGGUCAUCUCAAAACAGUUGAAGGGACCAUCCACAUAAAGGUGGAAAGGCUGUUCGAAUGAUCCUGUGGGAGAAAAAUUCAGAUGAGAAGAUAGAAGCGAUGCAGUGCACUGUUGAACUCAGUACAAGGAAGAUCUUACAGUUUCUGCUCAUUGUGAAAAUUCAGACGGCACAGAGAGCAGAAAUUAAAUGCCUUCCAGACCCCGUGUAUUUCUUUUCCCUGGCACUGCAGUAAAACAUACAAGAAUAACCAAAGACCUUAUGCACCUGCCUUGGUAUUGUCUCUGAGGAAGGAGUUUUGCAAGAUCUCUUGAAGAACGGACUUGGUGGCUUUAUCUGAUGGGAUCCUGAAUCCUUCCUGAAUUUGCCGACAUCCGAGGCAGUCUACUUUAGGUGGAGGGAGCACGAUGUCUGGAGAACAGGAGCCACGCAGCUACUACGUGGGCGUGGAUGUUGGAACAGGCAGUGUCCGUGCAGCUCUUGUGGACCAGAGAGGGGUCCUUUUGGCCUUUGCAGACCAACCAAUUAAGAAGUGGGAGCCUCAGUUCAACCACCAUGAGCAAUCCUCUGUGGACAUCUGGGCUGCGUGCUGUGUUGUCACAAAGAAAAUUGUACAAGGGAUCGAUGUAAACCAAAUUCGAGGACUUGGGUUUGAUGCCACGUGCUCUCUGGUUGUCUUGGAUAAACAGUUUCGUCCUUUACCAGUAAACCAGGAAGGGGAUUCCCAUCGAAAUGUCAUCAUGUGGCUGGACCACCGAGCAAUCAGUCAGGUGCAGAGGAUCAAUGAGACGAAACACAGUGUCCUCCAGUAUGUGGGGGGCGUGAUGUCUGUGGAAAUGCAGGCCCCAAAGCUGCUGUGGCUGAAAGAGAACUUGAGAGAGACUUGCUGGGAUAAGGCAGGACAUUUCUUUGAUCUCCCAGACUUCUUAUCAUGGAAGGCAACAGGUGUCACAGCACGGUCUCUCUGCUCCUUGGUGUGCAAAUGGACAUACUCAGCUGAGAAAGGUUGGGAUGACAGUUUCUGGGAGAUGAUUGGUUUGGAAGACUUUGUUGCUGAUAAUUACAACAAAAUAGGAAACCAGGUGCUACCUCCCGGAACUUCUCUUGGAAGUGGGCUCACACUGGAGGCAGCAAAGGAGCUUGGCCUUCCCACCGGGGUCCCAGUGGCAGUCUCACUCAUUGAUGCCCAUGCUGGGGGACUAGGAGUGAUUGGAGCAGAUGUGAGGGGUCACGGCCUCAUCUGUGAGGGACAGCCAGUGACGUCACGACUGGCUGUCAUCUGUGGAACGUCUUCUUGUCACAUGGGGAUCAGCACAGACCCAAUUUUUGUACCAGGUGUAUGGGGGCCUUAUUUCUCCGCCAUGGUCCCUGGGUUCUGGCUGAAUGAAGGCGGUCAAAGUGUUACUGGAAAAUUGAUAGACCACCUGGUGCAGGGCCAUCCUGCCUUCCCUGAACUGCAAGCCAAGGCCACAGCCAGAUGCCAGAGUAUAUAUGCAUAUUUGAACAGUCACCUGGAUCUGAUUAAGAAGGCUCAGUCUGUGGGUUUCCUCACUGUUGAUUUACAUGUUUGGCCAGAUUUCCAUGGCAACCGGUCUCCCUUAGCAGAUCUGACACUAAAGGGCAUGGUCACUGGAUUGAAACUGUCUCAGGACCUCGAUGAUCUUGCCAUCCUCUACCUGGCCACAGUUCAAGCCAUUGCUUUUGGGACCCGCUUCAUUAUAGAGGCCAUGGAGGCAGCAGGCCACUCCAUCAGUACUCUGUUCUUGUGCGGGGGCCUGAGCAAGAAUCCUCUUUUUGUGCAGAUGCAUGCGGACAUUACUGGCAUGUCUGUGGUCCUGUCGCAAGAGGUGGAGUCUGUUCUUGUGGGUGCUGCUAUUCUGGGUGCCUGUGCCUCCGGGGAUUUCGCUUCUGUGCAGGAGGCAAUGGCAAGAAUGAGCAAAGUUGGGAAAGUGGUGUUCCCAAGACUUGAGGAUAAAAAAUAUUAUGACAAGAAAUAUCAAGUAUUCCUGAAACUGGUUGAACACCAGAAGGAGUAUUCAGCAAUCAUGAGUGGGGACUGAACCUCGCAUGCAGGCACCAAUGCCAUUAGGACCUCUGUCCUUUCAUCUUACGUUCAAGACCCUUUAGGUAUCGCCUCAUUGCUUCUGUAUUGUCUCCUAAUAAACAAAUUUGGACAAGUGCAACCAUAACUGGAGUCUCCAAUUUCA